GUCAUAUAUUUAGUACAUAUGCAUGUCAACAAAUCCAAGGAAUUACUGAGAAAGAAUAAAAUGGAGAGCAGUUGUAGUUCAAGCCCCAGCACUAGUAAUGAUCGAAGGGAGGAAGCAUGCGUAUUCGAAACAUGGAUGGCUCUGCAACGUGAAGAAGCGAUAGAGCUUCAACAAACUGUUGAUCAGUCCAAAAAGGGCCAAAUUAAUGAGCAUCAACUCAACCAACUCAUCCAAAAGAUCCUACAACAUUUCCAAGACUACACUAACAUCCGCAGCCGUCGAGCCCGAAUCGACGUGUCGCCAUUUUUCGCACCCACGACAUGCACCCCCUUGGAGAACUCGGUCCUAUGGAUCGCUGGCUGCAGGCCAGCUUCUUUCAUACGCUUCGCGUACGCACUCAGUGGCGUGGACAUCGAGUCUAAUCUCACGGACUUCCUUCAAGGAAAAAGAAUCGGCGACCUCGGUGAGCUGACGAUGAAACAAAUGAGCAUGAUAGAUGUGUUGCAAGCCAAGACGAUUAAAGAAGAGAAGAGGCUAUGUUCAAGAUUGGCUAGCUUGCAAGAGGACAUACUGGACCAACCGCUCGUUGGCAAGGUAAAGAAGUAUAGUAGUAAUGAUGAACCAUUAUGUGAGGAUGCAGAUGAAGCUUUAGAUGAACAUGGUCAACACAUGGCGGAUUUAAUGGAAGAAGCUGAUGAGCUCAGGAUGAAGACAUUGAAGGAAAUUGUACUCGACAUACUUAAACCUGUUCAGGCAGUGGAAUACUUAGCAGCAGCCAAGAGAACGAGGCUUUGUUUCCAUAAAUGGGGCGAGAAGAGGGAACAUCAACAUACCAACAAAUAAGACUCCAUCCGUCGAUUAAAUCUGGUAGUUGAGUUUUCUUUAAUUUCUGCCAAUUACAUGCAUAUGUUAUCAUUAGAGUUAGUAGAGGAGUUUUCUUUAAUUUCUGCCAAGUACUUAUGUUAUGGUUCCAUAUGUUAUUAUUAGAGCUAGCAGUUUUCCUUUAAUUUCUGCCCAUUAGAGUAGUUAAGUUAUUUUUUUUUUUUUUAAUUUCUGCAUUUUACAUAUGUAAUAAAGAUGCAUG